AUGGCAGCAGCCAGAGCAGGAUUCUGCCCUCUCAUGGUGCUCCUGCUGCUGGGGCUGUGGAUGGCCAAGGACCCAGUUGGUGGCAAGCCCAGAAACAUGACCUCAGCUCGGUGGUUUGAAACUCAGCACAUGCAGCCCAGGCCUCAGGGGUGCAAUGCUGAUGGCAACAUCAGCAAGUACUCCAAAAGCUGCAAAGGCCUCAACACCUUCCUGCAUGAAUCCUUCUCCAGCAUGGAGACUCCCAUCAUAACCUGCAAGAAUGGCUGUAAAAACUGCCACCGGAGCCAGAAGCCUGUAUGCCUGACCACGUAUAAGCUCAUCUCAGGGAGGUGCUCAGACUGCAGGUACAAGGAGAAGCAACUGGAUGCAUUCUUCAUCAUGGCCUGUGAUCCUCCACAACCGAAGGAUGGCCUAAGGUACCAGCUG